AUGGCAGCAGUCAAGAUCGUUUAUGACCUGCCCGAGGAUGCAGUGUGGUUUAUCACCGGCUGUUCAUCUGGCAUGGGUUUGGCCUUGGCAAAAAUUGUUGCUUCAACGUCGACUCAGCGCGUAGUUGCCACAGCACGCAACGUAUCCAAGUUGACCGGCAACCUUCCGAACGACAGCCCUCGGGUUCACUUGACGAGCCUUGACGUUAGCAACGCCGAUUCUAUCAAGGCAGCUUUCGACUCCGCGAUUGCAAAAUUUGGUCGCAUCGAUGUUGUCGUUAACAACGCAGGCUAUGGUCUGAUGGGCGACACAGAGUCAUUUGUGACUAACGUUGAGGACAUGGACAAAGCUCGCAAGAUCGUUGAGACCAACUUUUGGGGCACUGCCCAGGUAUCUGCGCACGCUGUACGGGUCUUUCGUGACGAGAACCCCAAAUCAGGCCAAAUUGGCGGUGUGGUCCUGAACGUCACGUCCAUUGGUGGUUUCGCUGGAUUCCCGGGCAGUGCUUUCUACCACGCUUCCAAGUUUGCUGUCGAAGGCUACACCGAGUCUUUGAGUAAGGAAGUGCGACCUGAAUGGAAUGUCCAUUUUUGUAUCAUUGAACCCGGCGGCACAAAGACCAACUUUGCAGGCGACAGCAUGUCGUGGCUCUCUCCCCACUCCGCCUACACUGCGCCAGACACACCUACAAGGCUGCUUGAAGGCUACGUCAAGAGCCCAGAUAUGCAGUCGACCUGGGCUCCGAGCGAGCAUGUUGCCGCUGCUAUGUACGAGGUCGUUAGCCGGAAGCAGGCCAUUCCCCUUCGAUUUCCCACUGGCGCACCAGCGUGGACGGUAAUCAAGACAGAAUGUGAAGAGGUGGACAAGGCACUGCUUGAAAUCAAGGAACUAAGCUUCUCAGUAGACGAUGGCUCGAUCAACAAGAGUGGUGACUUCCUGAAAGCUUUGUAA